AUGCCUCUUUGGGUUGCGGCUAUCGAUAGGCCGCUCAAUCAGCUACGACCUCUUUGGCUUACCGCAACAGUACGUAAUGCAUUCGAAAACUACAUUUCCCCAACCAAAAACAAAAUAACAUCAAAAGCAAAUCAUGGAGAAUUUCGCAUCCUCACCUUAAGGACAGUAACAUUCGUUACGUUCUUUCCUUUCCUACCUAUAUUAGGGUUUCGACUACUGAUGCCUGCGACAAAAAUUGGAUGCUCCAUGGAAAAAGAUAUUGAUGAAGUCUUACAAACCCAUACUGUUUUCACGAACGUAUCAAAAGGUCAAGUCGCUAAAAGAGAAGAUCUUAUAAAAGCUUUUGGAAAAGAUGAUUUGACUGAAGUUUGUAAAGAAAUUCUAUCAAAAGGAGAACUUCAAGUAUCGGACAAAGAGCGACAAAAUCAACUCGAUUCACUUUUUAAGGAUAUCGCCACUACCGUGGCAGAUAAAUGUGUUAAUCCUGAAAGUAAACGACCUUAUCCAGUAUCAAUGAUCGAGAAAGCCAUGAAAGAUAUUCAUUUUUCAAUGAAGCCUAAUCGUAAUGCUAAGCAACAGGCACUUGAUGUAAUUCCUCAGUUGAAAGCUAUUAUGCCCCUUGAGAGAGCACAGAUGAGGUUGAAAGUUCAGUUCUCAGGGAAGGAUGCAAGGAAGCAAAGAGAAAAACUCGCCAAGUUGACUACAAGCAUAGAAUCAGAACACUGGGAUGCCGGUGAACUUAAUAUGGGUUCCGGAUCUGAGGAAUUGGAUAUUUCCAAGCAUGUUUCUAAAAGUGAUUUGAGAAUUAUGUCCUUGUCAUCCAUAUUUGGCCUAAUUGCGAGUUCUGAGGCUUUGAAUGAUGCUGACUGGAAACCAGAUGACAUUUCAUCCAAAGAAAGGACUGGUGUUUGUGUAGGUGUUGGCAUGUCUGAUUUAGUAGCGAUAUGUGAAACUAAUGAAGCUUUAAAACAAAGUUAUACUAAAGGGCCUAAUCAUACUGUUUCAACUGCUUGUGCUACUGGCUCCCAUGCCAUUGGAGAUGCUUCACAUAUAACAGCUCCUCACGAAGAAGGGUUGGGUGCCUUGCUUGCCAUGAGGAGAGCAAUUGAUGACGCCAAGCUGCGGCCUUCUGAUAUAACUUACGUAAAUGCACAUGCCACGUCGACUCCAUUAGGCGAUGCUGUUGAACUACGAGCUAUCACAAAAAUAACCCCUCUAAACACCUUGGGUUCGAACGGUAUACCUGCCUUUCUGUUAGGAGUUGUGUCACUCGUGCGGACGGGAUACAUACCUUCCCUCCUUAGCUGU